UUCAACAUGGCAGCAUCGUUUAAGUAUAUAGUCUAUACAUCCUUAAACUUGAUCUUUACCCAUUUUCAGUAACUAUCCACUUACUUUUGUCUCCGACUGUAUGUGACGUGUAGCGCAGGGUAUGAUAGUUAACCACAACGUAUGACAACAUAUGGUAAGAGGUCGAAUAGUUUAGUAUCACAAAUUGUGACACGAAUUUACAGAUUUUUCGACAUGGCGACAGGACGCCGGACAAGAAAGAGAUCUAUCCGAAUAUGCCCCUCAAUCCGAUUUACGAUCAACUCGGCUACGGCCAAUUAAUUGAGAAAGGCAAAACAAGGGAAUUGCAAUUAGGAAAACUCUUGAGAGACCGUUACGAUAAAUUUCUGGGCCCGACACUGAAUUAUGGCGACGUCUACGCAGUCAGCAGUGACUUCGACCGGACUAAAAUGUCCCUAGAACUAGUACUCCGUGGACUCUACCCACCAGUUGGAGAUAACAACAAUGAAAUCAAUGUUGUGCCUGUUAUAUAUUUGCCAAGAAUUGUGGAUGCCGUUUUCCUGCCAUUAUAUUGCCGAAGGUAUGCAGUGGAAUUGAUAAAAUUGAAACAGUCGCCUGGCGUGAAUAAAUUUAUAACGACGCACAAGAACUUUUUCGAUUACCUCAGCAAAAACACUGGAGUGGACAUGUCUCAGGAUCCCAUUCUCCAAACAGUUUAUCUCUACCAUCUUUUAACCAGCCAGAAAAGUAUGGGCAUCCCCCUCCCCGAUUGGGCAACAGAAGAAAUUCAGGACGAAAUAGAAAAAGUUGCAAUCUUGGAUUACGAAUUACAAUCGUACACGCCUCAUAUGAAGAGAAUGUAUGGCGGCCAUCUUGUCAAAGAGGUGAUCAACAACAUGGAAGCCAAUAAUACUAAAAAUAGAGGGAAUAAAACGAAAAUUUGGCUGUACAGUGGACACGACAUAAACGUGGCUGCCUUUGCCAAAACUCACGGCUUAUCUAUACCUGUUCCUUAUUACGGAGCUACCGUAAUUGUUGAAAAAUGGCGACUACUUUCGCAGGAGUUUGUUCAGGUAACAUUAGGUUAUCGAUUUUGUAAAAAUAAUUCGAUUUAAAGGAGAAUUUUCGUAUUUCAAAAUUUGGAUUUUGGAUUUUGAGAAUCGGUUUUAAUUUUAUAUGUACAGCUCUGUUGUAUAGAAACAUUUUGAAAAAAAUUAGAAAUAUGGCCGGCAGAAUGGCGCAUUCCAAAAAGGUCUAACUGGAUAAGCGAGUCAAAUAUGCCCUUGAGCCGAAUUAUUUUACGCACUUUUUUAUUUUUUAUAACUACAUUUUGCAAGGGAAAAAAAAUCUGUAAAAAGUCUCAGAUGUUUUCAACUACACUACAAACAUGUCAGAAUUUUCUCAGAUUUUUCGCAAGGCGUUAAAUACGGAAAAACCUCAAAAAACUGAUUUUUCGAA